CCCCGCGGUCACUGCAGGGCCGCCGCCACGUCAGGGGAGUUUCCCGACGCGGGGCGGGCUGGGACGGGCUCGGUCUUUCUCCUCCUCCGCACCCGGCACCCGCUGCCGGAGACGCUGCGGAAGGAGCGAUCGAGGGAGCGGUGUCCGCUGACAUGGAGGCCCGCUACAACCUCAAGAGCCCGGCUGUCAAACGUUUGAUGAAAGAGGCUGCAGAACUGAAGGAUCCUACAGAUCAUUAUCAUGCACAGCCGUUGGAGGAUAAUCUUUUUGAAUGGCACUUUACUGUUAGGGGUCCUCCAGAUUCAGAUUUCGAUGGAGGGAUUUAUCACGGGCGAAUAGUACUACCACCUGAAUAUCCCAUGAAGCCACCCAGCAUUAUUUUGCUGACGGCCAAUGGCAGGUUUGAAGUGGGGAAGAAAAUUUGUUUAAGCAUCUCAGGGCAUCAUCCUGAAACAUGGCAGCCUUCAUGGAGUAUAAGAACAGCUUUAUUAGCCAUUAUUGGAUUUAUGCCGACCAAAGGUGAAGGAGCAAUAGGAUCUCUAGAUUACACACCAGAAGAAAGAAGAGCUCUUGCAAAGAAGUCACAAGACUUCUGUUGUGAAAUGUGUGGCACGUCGAUGAAGACAGCCCUCUUACCACUAACAUCCGGAAGUGUGUCAAGCCAGGCGGACAAGGAGGCUAAAGAACUUGCCAGACAAAUUAGCUUCAAGGCAGAAGUCAAUUCGUCCAGAAAGUCCAGUGCUGGGCCCUCAAACGUGUCGGGACUGAACCACCCUGCUGCUUCACACGAGCCCCAGCAGGAUGGUGCAGCUGCAGCGUCCCAGGAUCCAGCGGCUGCAACGGCUGAAUCUCAGAACAGCGGCGCAGCGGCCGGUCACGAGCAGCCGCCCCCCGCAGCCCCCAGCACGUCGCUGAGCCCCCGGCAGCGCCGGGCCCAGCAGCAGAGCCGGAGACGGGCCCCGUCCUCGGCCGACUUCAACCGGGGACAGCAGCCAAGGGUCAACACCAACCACACGGGAUCAACCGUUCUGAUCGUCCUUCUCACUUUUGCAUUGGCAGCUCUUAUAUUUCGUAGGAUAUGUUUGGCUAACGAGUAUAUAUUUGAGUUAUAAGGUUGUUUGUCGUGACGGCGUUGAACAUUCUGUAUUGGGUAUGACGAGAACUGUUUACAAACGUUACUUUUUGUAUUUACGCUUAAAUUCUUAUGAAUGUUAAUGUACCUACAGAUACAUUGCUUGUAAGAAAAGCCAAAUUGGACUUUUAACUACAACAGGUGUUAACUGAGUACCCACUAGAUACUUGGAGACAGUGCAGUAACAUCAAGGCGUGUGGGAGGGGAAUCAAUCUCAGAAAAAGACAACUUAGAAAAAGUGGCUGAUUCACUUUUUUUAUGGAACAUAAAUGCAAUUAAUCACCCCAUCUCAGUUAGUGUAAGAUUUUACAUUGGAGAAGGAAACUUCUAUGUGUUUGUGUCCAGUGAACUCUUUAUUUAGAGAGGAUACGGUUUUGUAACCACUUUUAUUUACCGUGACACAUUUCUGGAGAGGGAACACAUAGGGAUUGAUUGUGAUGCUGCUUUGUGUGAUAGGGGCAAAGGAGUAGGGGAGGAAAGAAGGGGCCAGAAAACUACUUGCAUUAUUCUUUAUCUUUUUUCUUUUUAAGAAAAAUUGGAUAAUAUUUUGCAAGAUUUGAAUGUCCUCUUCUCAUACUCUCAAUUGUAUGUCUUGUUUGUUUUUAAAUUUGAAGAUGAUAUAAAAGAUGUCUUUUCUUGCAAUAGUUAUAAAUAUGUAAUAUAAUUAUUUACCCGGAGCUGUUGUCUUUUAAUUAUACCAUAAAUAUACAUAAUAUGUUAAACUGCUCUUUCAUAUGUGGUUUUAUUUACUAAAGAAAAUUUAAACUUUAUUAUACUUAAGCUCUCAUAUAUAUGAACAUACUUAAGAGAAAUAUUUAUUAAAAUCUUGGUAGUAAUAAAGAAUUUCAAGCCAGUCUUCGGUUAUAUUUCAAGUAUCACAUGGACUGUUUUGUUUAAGUUAUUUUAUUUUUUUUUUAACCUAAAAUCUAUAUUGGACCCAGAGGCUUUCUGCAUUAUUAAUUUAUUAAAAAAUAAACAAUUGGUAAUAUUAAUGAAUGCUGUGAAAUCACGUAUACAAGCAAUAGACUUACCGUUCUGAGGGUUUUGAGAGGUUUUGUCUGUCAGUAUUUAAGUAUUACAAAAAGCAGAAGAAAGUCAUCAGCGUGAUAAUUUUCCUCUUGUGCUGUUGUUCAGAUUUCAAUGUAUUGUAGCAUGUUUAUUUCAAGGACAAUGAAAUUUAGGUAACUCAUUUUGUUGCUGUUGAAGAUGAUAUCACUGUCUUAAGCGAGAUUCUCAUCCUGUUUCUCAGCAGUAUUUAUCAAACUACCUACAGCUUUCCUAAAUUUUGUUAAUUAUAGUAUGUAUCAGUGUUUUGAAAUAUUAAAGUAGCUAUAAUGACUUCUAAAGUAAGGAAAGCCCAUUGUGUGUCUAAGGGGGAUGUGAAAAUUUAAAAAAACACAAACCAGUUCUUUUAUAGCACUUCUUGUAGACUUGAUAAUCUUGUUUGCAGGUACAAUGGAACAAAUAUUCAAAAAUAGUUUAAGAAGUUUGGAUGAAAGUAUGUACCUUGUUGAGCAAUUACUCACAUUCUACUGCAACAUAAUUUGAUGUCGAUACUGAUUAUGUUGAUUGAUGUUUUUACCAACUUUGUAUAUUUAUUUCAUUUAAAAAAAAUACAAAACCCCACCUGAAAACACAAAAACCCUCUCUUCAUCCUCUAGCUUCUAAAAUAAAAGUACCGUGUUUCUUA